UUGUAGGAAACCACCAACUCGUUAAUCCGUUGUAGAAAACACCGAAAAUCUGUUAAAUCGUUGCAAAAUACACUGAUUGGAUGAUUUGGCUCGUUUAUUCACUUUCUUACAAGUGGGGCCAGAUUGUAAGGAAUUGACUUAGAAAAAAUAACACAUACACCCCUAGAUCUACAAAAACAAAAGCAAUCAGACCCCCUGAUGCAUCACCGAGCUACCUCUGCCGGUGUGACGCUCCCAUCUCCGACCCCCCAGUGCGGCGGCGCUGCCCAGCCUUUGCCGCGCGCCGCUGUAGGCCUGGCCGUGGGAGAUAGAGUCAAGGCAGGCCGCCUGUCCGUGCCUCGACGGCCUCGUCACUCCUCUGCGGUUACCACGUCGACCGAGCUCGCCGUCGGUCAGCACCAACAACCCCACCUCGUAGCCAGACUCUCCACGCGCGGCCCCGCCAUGGGCGCGGAGGUCGCCCAGAUCAGCACCUUCACCGCCGUGGCUGCCCACGCGCUCUGCCUCGCCGGCCUCGCGGCCGCCCACUCCCUCGCUGGCCGCGGUGCCCUCGUCUCCGACCCCGCACACGCCCUGCGCCUCCUCGUGGUCUGUGAGGCGCCGCUUGUCAUCGUGGUGUUCAGUCUGCUCCGGCGAGAUCCCAAACGCUGCUCGGUUUGUUGCGGUGCGAGAGAGGGUCUGAUUGCUUUUGUUUUUUUAUCUAGGGGUGUAUGUGUUUUUUUUGCUAAGUCAAUUUCUUACAAUCUGGCCUCACUUGUAAGAAAGUGAUUAAACAGGCCAAAUCAUCCGA